GGUUGAUCGUCGUUUCCGGUUUUGUGAGCGAGUGAGUAGUAACGCGUCAUACGAGCGGAGUUUGUUUUUAGUUAACGGCAGUUUUUAAGCUUUAACAAAGGCCAAACGAUGGCAGACAAGAUGGAUAUGUCUUUAGACGACAUCAUCAAGCAGAACCGGCAGCGCGGUGGAGGCGGACGCGGCGGGAGAGGAGGCCGCGGUGGGCGCGGAGGCUCGGGCGGAGGCCGCGGUGCUGGCGCCGGGGGGCGGCUCGGAAACACAGGCGGAGGCUUCGGAGGCCGCGGCGGAGGAUCGGGCCCCAUGAGGAACCGGCAGAACCUGAGCCGCGGGAGAAGCAGACCCACGCCGUACAGCAGGCCCAAGCAGCUCCCAGACAAGUGGCAGCAUGACCUGUUCGACAACGGCUUCAGUACGAACGCCAGCAGCGGAGGAGGAGGCGGCGGCGGUGGAGCGGGUGGCGUGGAAACCGGAGGAAAGCUACUCGUGUCCAAUCUGGACUUUGGUGUGUCCGACGCAGACAUUCAGGAACUCUUUGCAGAAUUUGGCACUUUGAAGAAAGCAGCAGUGCAUUACGACAGGUCCGGACGCAGCCUCGGCACUGCAGAUGUUCACUUCGAGAGGAAAGCAGACGCCCUGAAAGCCAUGAAGCAGUACAACGGUGUUCCCCUCGAUGGUCGCCCAAUGAACAUUCAGCUUGUUACAUCACAGAUUGACGCACAGCGGCGGCCUCCAAUGCAGGGUCUGAAUCGCGGUGGUGGUGGUGGCAUGAACAGAAACAGACUCGGAGGCUUUGCUGUGCAGAAAGGUCGCGGGGGACGUGGUGGUGGUGGAGGAGGGGUCAGAGGUCGGGGGCGAGGCGGUCGAGGCGGCGGCAGCAAACAGCAGCUCUCUGCUGAAGAACUGGACGCCCAGCUAGACGCAUACAACGCCAAAAUGGAUACCAGCUAAACACCAACACGUCAAGCUGCAUUACAGUGAUGCAAUGGUUUCAAACAUGUCGGCUGUUUUACACUUGUGUCUUCAGAAGUGAUUGAAAUUUGUGUACUGAUCUUUUUCUCCUUUUAAAAUGCUCGUGUUUUUUACCUACUUUGUUUUACUUCUGUUUUCCUUUUUGAGGAAAAACCUGCUUGGACUGUAGGAUUUGAGGGAUGGGCUAAUCUUAUCCAUCCGUGUGUAGAUCAUUGAAAUAAAAACCUGCAGUAUUUAGUAACCA